GCGACUCCCAUUAAGAUGAUAUUUAGAAGAUGUACCAACCGUGAAAAAACCAUCAAGGAUUUUGUAUUUUUCUUUUCCUGUAUUUUCUCAAAUUCAUAAUUCCAAUAUUCUGUUUUUCAUCAGCAGUUUGGUUUAAAAGUACUUAUUUUUCUACAAAAUAUAAAUUGCCUUAGUCAAGGCGUUCUCAAAACGCAAACAAACUACAUUUGUCAUUCUGUUCAAAUUUUGUAGUCGGUGGAGCGAAAUUGUGAAUUACUCUUUUCCUAUAAAUAAGAUUGGUACACAUAACUGAAUAUGGUCACUAUUCUAAAACCAGAGGAGACUUAUGCUUUCACAAAGGAGUACGAAAGAGACGAGAUAGAUGCCAAGAUGGUUAUGUCUGACGAAGAAAAUGAAAUGGAAGUUGAUGAGGAAGAUGAGUAUCCUGCUGAAAUGGAAUUAGAAGACGAGGCUGCUGGCGUAAAGAACAUGGUUGCCCCGGGUCAACUCAUCACCGAUGAUCCUCAAUUCAUGCGUGGUCAUGGAACGUAUUUUGAAGAUGGAGGAAUCUAUGCGUCUGUUACGGGCGUUGUCCAACGUGUCAACAAAUUGAUUUCCGUCCGUCCAUUUAAAACGAAAUACGUACCUGAAAUUGGUGAUUUGAUCAUUGGUAGAAUUACAGAGGUUCAACCCAAACGUUGGAAAGUUGAUAUCGGGUCUAAACAAGAUGCCGUUCUUAUGCUUUCUUCGAUUAACUUACCAGGAGGUGUUCAGCGUAGAAAGCUAGAGACUGAUGAGCUUCAAAUGCGAAACUAUUUUCAAGAAGGCGAUCGCUUGGUCGCUGAAGUCCAACAAUAUUUUUCUGAUGGUUCAGUUUCUAUACAUACAAGAUCUUUAAAAUAUGGUAAGCUCCGUAACGGAGUGUUCCUGAAAGUCCCCUCUUCUUUGGUCGUUCGCUCGAAAUCUCACAUCUUUAAUUUGCCCGGUGGUGUGGAUUUAAUUUUGAGUGUAAAUGGUUAUGCUUGGAUUUCAAAACAUAACAAAAACCAAGAAUCGUCCGUCAGUAUUACCCGCUUAGAAGAGGAGGCUUCCGAAGCCAUUUAUUCUAAUGAGAAUGAUGAAGUUGAUGUCUACACUCGAUUAAAUAUAUCUCGUAUCUACAUAUGCGUCCGUGCCUUAGCAAAUCGUGGAUUACCUUUGACUGAAGCUGCUAUUUUGAAUUUCUAUGAAGCUUCUUUACUUUAUGGAGACUUACAGCAAUUGACAUCUCCUAAAAUCCUUGAUCAAAUUGCUGUGGAGGCAAUGCACUAGUCUUUUUGAUAUAUUUAAGGAUACUACUUUUUUUGAUUUUACUUUUUUAGUAUUAGGUUUAUGCUGGCCAUAAGCAACUGGUUAGACUGUUCAAUAAUUAUUUCGAAAGCUGGGUUCCAUUGAUAAUUAAAUGCGGC